GAGAUGGCGACAAGCCUCCGCGGCGCCAUGAGAGCUUGUGUAGGCUCAAGCAUCAAGAGACUCUUUUCUUUGCCGUGGUCGGGCCUGGUGUUGUUGCGACGCUCCAAUGUGGUUGUGCUUGCAGCUGUCCCGCAAAGUUACCGCCGUGCGGGAGACGCGAAGGAAAAAGUCCCCCAUGGGGAAAAAGACACAACGGCGUCUGGCGUGGUGAAGAUCAGCACACCCACCCACUUGUUUUUCUCCGCGCCGUCUCGAGAGCCUUUGCACACUGACGAUGAGAUCCCGGGUCAAUGUCCGUUCCCUCACUCGCGCUGGCGUCGCCGCCGGGCCCACCUCGAUUGCUUAGCGCAAUAUGGCGUCCUUGGCUGCCCCGACACGGUUACAUCCACUGUCCAUCCCCCAACAACCACUGCACACGCGCUCUUGGCUCUUCUUGGCCCGUAUCAAGGUCCAGCGGCUGACUGACCAGGGCAUUGAUAGCACCGUUGCGAGGGCAUACAGUGGUGCUGCAAGAGACUCCAAAAAGUAUAUAUUCGACUUCCCCGCGUCCAGCCAUGGGGCUAUCAC